AUGGUAUGUGGAUCGAUUUUCAUCGUUUCGUCAUCUGCUGUUGCCCCAGGCGGUUUGAGAGCUGCUGCUAAGAGAAAGAAUGUUGCUGAUAAGAAAGCAAAGGAGGCCAGCCAGAUGCCUUUGUCUACUAGAGCUGCUGGUGCUGGAGGAUCUUCUGCCACCAUGUUGAAGUUGUUCACGGACGAGGCACAGGGCUUGAGAGUGGACCCAUUGGUUGUUUUGUUUUUGGCUGUUGGUUUCAUUUUCUCGGUCAUUGUCUUGCAUGUGUUGGCCAAGAUCACCGGUAAGUUCACUUCGUAG